AUGCCCCCUCCUUGCCCUACAUGUUACAAAAGACAUUUGGAAGAGUGUUGGCUCAGGGAGACAGUUUUUUAUCAGCGCUAUCAGACAGGGCAUAUAGCGAGAGAUUGCCAAGCACCGCAUGCGAUAGCAUUUGCUCUGAGGCCAUAUAGAGGAGGUCACCAGGAACCUCAUGGUGGACAUCAGAGGAAUGCCAUUCUAACACAAGUUUAUGCAUUGACACUCGGAGAUGCGGAGGUAGCCGGAGACAUCGUGACAGGGAAGACCCACUCUUUUAUUGCUCGAGAAUUUGUGAAAUUGUGUGGGUUUGAAACUCAGCAGUUGGGAGUUAGUUUAUCAGUAGCUACGCCGACAGGGGUGGUAGGGAUUUUUCAAAGAGUAAUUCAGAACUGCCUCAUGAUAAUUCAAGGGAGGUAUCUGUCAGCUGAUCUAGUAGUGUUGGAGUUGCAUGGAUUUGAAGUAAUUCUAGGAAUGGACUGGCUAGUUGCUCACUAUGCCAGCAUCGAUUGUCAUCAAAGGGGAGUGGUGUUUAGACCUCCCAGGGAGUAA